AUGCAAUUUCAGGCAAAGAACUUUCCAGCCCUUAAAAAUGACAAUUUAUUGCGUGCGGCUCGUGGUGAAGCUGUCGAUCGAGUUCCGGUAUGGGUAAUGAGACAAGCUGGUCGAUAUUUGCCGGAAUUUAAGGAAGUACGUGCUGAAGCUGACUUCUUUAAAGUUUGUCGUACCCCAGAAUUGGCUGUUGAAGUAACCAUGCAACCAAUAAGGAGAUUUGAACUCGAUGCAUCAAUUAUCUUCUCUGAUAUUCUUGUCAUUCCACAAGCUCUCGGUAUGACCGUAGAGAUGAGACCUGGACAUGGUCCAGUUUUUCCAGAACCCCUCGAAUCUACACAAGACAUUGCUAAAUUAACCCCAAAUGGUGCUGUUGAACGUCUUCAAUAUGUUGGAGAUGCUCUUACUCUUAUGAGACAUACAUUAGAAGGAAAAGUUCCACUUUUUGGAUUUACUGGUGCCCCAUGGACAUUGAUGGGUUAUAUGGUUGAAGGUGGUGGAAGUAAAACAAUGUCAAAAUCAAGAGCUUGGCUCAAAGACCAUUCCGAUGAAUCUCGUAAACUUUUGAAUCUUCUUACUGACGUUUGUGUUGAUUACUUAAUCAUGCAGAUCAAGAAUGGUGCUCAGAUUUUACAAAUCUUCGAAUCAAGUGCCGAAUAUAUUACAAAAGAGGAAUUUAUUGAAUUCGCAUUGCCAUGUUUGAAAGAUAUCCGCGUCAAGCUUCAUGAAAAGAUUGAAAAAGAAGGAAUUGAGAAGGUUCCAUUGGUUGUGUUCGCAAAAGGUGCUAUGCACUCACUCGCUGAAAUGACUGAACUUGGAUAUGAUGUAAUUGGACUCGAUUGGUCAAUUGAUCCAGAAGAAGCAAGAAAAAUUGUUGGACCUAAUGUCACACUUCAAGGAAAUCUUGAUCCACAAGAUUUGUACAAGACACCUGAUGAGAUUCGUCAAUUAACAAAGACAAUGGUCAAUAAAUUUGGAAAGAACCGAUACAUUGCCAAUCUUGGACAUGGAAUCACACCAGCAACACCAAUUAUAAGCAUGACAACAUUCGUUGAUGCUGUUCAUUCCGCCUUUGAUAAUUAA